AUGGCUCCCUCUGCGUUCAAAAAGCUCCAGGACCGCCACGUCCUCGUCAUCGGCGGCACGUCGAGCAUUGGCUACGCCGUUGCCGAGGGUGCCCUGGCGGACGGGGCCCGCGUCACGGUGGCUUCGUCGACACAAGCCCGCAUCGACACGGCCGUCCGCACCUUGGCGGCACAGUAUGGCCCCGCAGGAGCGGUCCAGGGCGUCCAGGGCGCCUCGGAGCUGCCGCCGCCCAACUGGUCCGUCGUCGUCUUUUUCACGGGCGGCACCGAGGCCCUGACCAAGGGGCUGGCCAUCGACAUGGCCCUUGUGCGCGUCAACACGGUGCUGCCGGGUAUGGUCAAGACGGACCUGUGGAAGGUGCUGCCCGACGAGCAGCGCGACCACUUCUUUGCCGACAUGGAAAAGCGUCUGCCCGUCGGCGCCAUGGGCCGUCCCGAAGACGUGGCCGAGGCCUACCUGUGGCUGAUGAAGGACCGCUUCGUGACGGGCACCAUGGCGCAUUCCAAUGGCGGGUCGUUGAUUAUUUGA